CAGAAGGGCAAGACUUUGCAACUAUGAGACCACCUAGACCUUUCCCCAGCUUACGCCUAAUGAGCAGAGCUAGUCGGAAGAAUAUGUCCGGUGAUAUUCCGCAGUGCACCAGAAGAAAAAAAGAGGCCUACUAUCAGAAUGGUACCCAACAAAAUCGCCAUCGCCACCGUAUCCCUCGGCCAACAUGCUACUCACCGUCUCGACCAAAAGAUCCUUGCCGCAGCACAGCAUGGCUUCGCCGGUAUCGAGCUCGUGUAUUCCGAUCUGAGCGCCUACGCCGAGAAAAACAAGCUGUCCAUGUCUACAGCCGCAGAGACCAUCAAAGGACUAUGCGCCAAACACAAAUUGGCAAUCGUCUCGCUCGCCCCCUUUGAGAACUUCGAGGGCUCAACCACGCCGCUAGAGAAGAGGCUCGAGAUUGCUCAGCAUUGGAUCAGGAUUGCUAGAAAUCUCGGCGCUCUUUAUCUCCAGAUUCCAUCGCACUACAAGGCCGAUGAAGAUGAGUCGGCCGGUGACGAGGCACUGCGUAUCUCGGAUCUGCAGAAACUCGCGGAUAUCGGCAGUGCCGAGCAGCCCAUCGUGUCGAUUGCUUAUGAAGCGCUGUCUUGGGGGACACACUACUCUACAUGGGAAGAUUCGCUAUAUGUAGUGGAGAAGGUAAACCGCUCAAACUUCGGCCUGUGCUUGGACAAUUUUCACGUCAUCACGAAACUAUGGGCCAGUGCGUUUAGACCCUCCGGCAAACUCCCCAACGCCGAUAAUGACCUGGCUCAAUCCCUCUAUCGAUUCAGAGACCACUGUCCACUCGACAAAAUCUUCUACCUACAAUUCUCCGACGGAGAACUCUUCGAUCCACCUUUCUCUGACAAGCACCCGUGGUAUCUACAAGGCGAGGCACCAGAAUUCACCUGGUCAAAACAUGCUCGGCCGUUUCCAUUGGAGUCGGAAUUGGGUGGAUAUAUGCCUGUUGUGGACAUUGCUAGGACGUGGAUUGUUGAGUCUGGGUUUGAGGGGUGGGUUUCGUUGGAGGUGUUUGAUCGGAGGAUGCGAGACGAGGGGUUCUCGGUGGACACUGCUGCGAGGAGGGGGAUUGAGUCGUGGAGGAAAGUUAAGGCGGAGUUGGAGGUGCCGCAGGAGACUUAGAGGUUGAGGGAGGGGGGGUUGUAUAUAUGAGUG